GGAAAUCCGAAAACGCACCGGAAGUACCUUAGGAGAGGGGAAACAGCACCGCCCAGGCCUCACAGUUAUGGGCCGCAACAAGAAGAAGAAGCGAGAUGGCGACAACCGACGCCCGCGGCUUGUCCUCAGCUUCGACGAGGAGAAACGACGGGAGUACCUGACAGGUUUCCACAAGAGGAAGGUGGAGCGGAAGAAGGCAGCCAUAGAAGAGAUGAAGCAGCGGCUCAAGCGCGAACAGAAGAAGCUCCGGGAGGAGCGCCACCAGGAAUACUUGAAGAUGUUGGCAGAGAGAGAGGAGGCACUGGAGGAGGCUGAUGAACUGGACCGGCUGGUGACAACAAAGACGGAGUCGGUGCAGUAUGACCACCCCAACCACACGGUCACUGUGACCACCAUCAGCGACCUGGACCUCUCUGGGGCCCGGCUGCUCGGACUGCCCCCACUUGAGCAAGGGGCUGGGCCCGGGUCUGAGGAGGAGGUGUCAUCUGUGGAGAAGCCGACCAGAGCCUUCCCCAGGAAGUCCAGGGACCCCCUAUUAUCCCAGCGGAUUUCCUCUCUCACAGCAUCAUUGCAUGCACACAGUCACAAAAAAGUCAAGAGGAAACACCCACGACGGGCCCAGGACUCUACCAAGAAGCCCCCAAGUGCCACUCGUACCAGCAAGACCCAGCGCCGCCGGCUGACUGGCAAAGCCCAGCACAGCGGAGAGUGAGCCCGAGAACCAGGCCAGGCCCUGGCCUGAGCUGCAAGGACCGGUCCUGUCUUCGUUUGGCUGUCGCCAUAGCCCAGACUGCGUGGAGGCCUAGGGCUUUUACCUUGGAAGUAGCAGGCAGCUGAGAACUAGCCUGCCUCAGGAGGAACCUGCAGGGCCAAAUUUGGAGUAUCCUCCCAAAUGUAUACCCCAUGGGGCCUUCAUCAGGUUUGCAAAACUAA